AGCUUUCUAGUUCAGCUGUAUUAUCUGCUGCUGUCUGUGAGUGCACUUCCUGAGCUGAGAUGGAAGCUUCUAGCACUACUUAUUCUCCAUUGUUCACAAUUCUAUCAGCAAUAGAAAACUCACAUUUUACAGGAAAGUAAAAAUGUCUAUCAAGAAGAUCCUUGCACGUGAAAUUUUUGACUCUCGUGGUAACCCAACAGUGGAGGUUGACCUGUACACAUGCAAAGGUCUCUUCCGUGCUGCUGUUCCAAGCGGAGCCUCCACUGGCAUUUAUGAAGCACUAGAACUCCGGGACAAUGAUAAGACUCGCUACAUGGGAAAGGGUGUGGCUAAUGCAGUUGAGCACAUCAAUAAAACCAUUGCACCUGCACUGAUAGGCAAGAAUCUAAGUGUUGUGGAGCAGGAAAAGAUCGACAACCUCAUGAUUGAAAUGGAUGGGACUGAGAAUAAAUCCAAAUUUGGUGCUAAUGCACUCUUGGGAGUGUCCCUAGCAGUGUGUAAAGCUGGAGCUGCAGAGAAAGGAGUCCCACUGUACCGUCAUAUCGCUGACCUGGCUGGGAACCCAGAGGUCAUCCUUCCUGUACCGGCAUUUAAUGUGAUAAACGGGGGUUCUCAUGCUGGAAACAAGCUGGCUAUGCAAGAAUUCAUGAUCUUGCCUGUGGGUGCAGACACCUUUAAGGAGGCCAUGCGCAUAGGAGCAGAGGUGUAUCAUAACCUAAAGAAUGUCAUCAAGGCUAAAUAUGGACAAGAUGCCACUAAUGUUGGUGAUGAAGGAGGCUUUGCUCCCAAUAUCUUGGAGAAUAAGGAAGCCCUGGAGCUUCUGAAAACUGCCAUCAACAAGGCUGGCUACCCAGAUAAAGUUGUAAUUGGAAUGGAUGUUGCAGCAUCUGAAUUCUACCGUGACGGGAAAUAUGACUUGGACUUCAAGUCCCCUGAUGACCCUAAAAGACACAUCUCCCCUGACGAGCUGGCUGAGUUGUACAUGAGCUUUGUCAAGAAUUAUCCAGUGGUGUCCAUUGAAGAUCCCUUUGAUCAGGAUGACUGGGAAGCCUGGAAAAAGUUUACUGCAUCUUCGAAUAUCCAGGUAGUUGGUGAUGACUUGACAGUGACCAACCCUAAACGUAUUGCCAAGGCUGUGGAUGAGAAGUCUUGUAACUGUCUGCUUCUGAAGGUCAACCAGAUCGGCACAGUGACAGAAUCCCUGCAGGCGUGCAAGCUGGCUCAGUCAAAUGGCUGGGGUGUGAUGGUCAGUCAUCGCUCUGGGGAGACAGAAGAUACUUUCAUUGCUGACCUGGUGGUUGGUCUCCGCACUGGACAGAUCAAGACAGGUGCUCCAUGCAGAUCUGAGCGACUUGCAAAAUACAACCAAUUGCUCAGGAUUGAAGAAGAGCUUGGCAGCAAGGCCCGCUUUGCUGGAAGAAAUUUCAGAAAACCUGUUUUCAACUAAAUGGAGGCAUCCUUAGGCUCUCACCCAACUGAUGUAGUAGCUGUGCACCUAGGAGAGACUACAGGAGGUCUUACAUGUCACUGCUGAGCCCUCAUUUAAUUUCAGGCACUUCCAGCAAUGUUAGAUGUUACAGCCUCUCCCAGCAUAACCUUGCUGUCUUUCCAGUUUAAAAGCUUUGCUGCUUAGGAUUAUUCCAAAUUCAGUGUCACACUGGUGCCUGCAUGUAGUCCUUGUCUUUUCUAUUGUGGCAGUGGUCCUGGUCAUGUCAACUUUGUAGUCUUGUGUUCUCAUCCUAUUGCAGUUUCAGACUAGAUAAUGGUUUGUCACACUCUAGACACGAAGAGGCAAUAAACUCUUUUGAAGGUG